AUGCGACUUUGGCUCGCUUUCCUUAUUCCGGCACUUGUUGUCGAUCAGGCUGCUUCACGUAUGUUCAGUUUUCGUGUCGAUUACAAACUCGUCGAUCUGUUUCAGAGAGUUCCGACGCUACAACAUCCACGGUCACAAGUGGCUCUUCUGCUACGACGACAUACUCUUCUGACUCAACGGUGGAUCCAUCGGCCUCUACGGUAGAUCCAUCGGCCUCUACGGCAGAUCCAUCGGCCUCUACGGCAGUUCCAUCCGUUUCGACUGCAGAUCCAACAGCCUCGACAAGCUCUUCUGCAGUUACAGAUGCAUCAAAUUCUACAGGAUCUACCGUAGAGGGAGACAACUCGACGACGAUUGUAGGAUCCACGACACCGGAGGGACCUCACGCGGACUGUUAUCUGUGUGCACCGACGGUCCAGUGCGGAGAAACGAUUGAGGGAGACUAUUCGAGUGCCGAAGUAAACGUUCUUUUCAUGAAAGCGAUGGAAGAUGGCGACUAUUUCACGGUGAAAGGAGAAGUUUUUGAGAACGCUCAGCAGUAUGUGAACUGGCUAAUAAGUAUGCUAAUGGUUUAUUAUUUUAGGAUCUUCUUCGACGUUUUCAAGGAUCUGUCAGUGGGCAAAGCUCAAGUCGGAGGAAACAGUCAGCCAACUCUUGUUCAGUUCGAACACUUUUACGACACAAAUCUCACGUUCUCUCGCUCCGGAUUACAAGGAGAUGUAGGUUGGAAGACUGUUCCAGUGAGAUGACUGAAUUCGCAGAACAAAUGGGACUCGUUCCGUCCGGCCACCCUUCCGCUUCCAAUCCGACAAAGAAGCCAUGGACCCUCAUGUUCAAGUAUCCUCAUUUUAUUUCUGUGUUUUCGGUAAACUUUCCCUGUUCAGAAUGCACCAGAACCUGACGGGAUUCGAGACGGGAGAUGAGACCGGAUGGUUCAACAACCACAUUCCAUGGAACGGAACCGCCACGACACAGUCAUUCAACAUCCGUGGAGGAUGGAAGACCACAUCCGUCACUUAGUGAGUUCCCAUUCUUGUUCUUGUUUCCACGUGGAUCUCGUUUCAGCACUUGCGUCAACAGCUCCAUCCCGAUUCUGUAG